AUGCGCGACGCGGCUGAUCCCGCGUGGGCGCGUUCGGAGCGGGUCAAGUUGCCUCUGGAUUGCAUUGGUGCAGUUGAUUGGAAUUGCAAGCGCUCCCUCGAGGAGGCGCGGCGUGAAAGGACGCAGAUUCUUCGCGGGCUCGCCUGGGGGCGCCGCUGCGUCGUGGAGAGCGGCGAGCUGGAGUCGUGGUUCGCCAGCGCGGAUCCGACCAUCCGGAAGAUCGCGGGGGGCUCGUGUCCGCCGCUCAUGGAGCGCUUGGCGCGGCGCAUCGACUGGCAAGACGCCGAUGUCGUCGAAUUCAUCCGACAGGCCCUUUCGAAGGCAAGCCGCGGCAGCCCGCCCGCGGCCCGCGUAGCCGCGCCGAGCGCAGGCGCCGAGUCGCGGAACCGGCAGACCUUGCGCGGUUUGCGACGCGACGAGAACGAGGACGCCCUGUGGGCGGCGGUCUGGAAGGACGUCGAACUAGGGCGCAUGGAGGCUCCGGUCGCCGUGGACUCGCUGCCGCUCGACCGCGUCGUGCUCUCAAAGCGUUUUUCAGUGACGCAGGGGCAAAAGAUCAGGCCGGUCGACGACGCGACCGCGUCCGAAUUUAACCCGCGGGCGCGGCUGGGACGCGCGAUCAACCAUGAUUCGAUCGAUCAGCUUGAAGAGCUGGCGCGGGUGCUGGUGGAACGCGGCUGCCAAGCGCCCAGGUUCUGGAAGGCGGAUGUCGACGCAGCCUGCCGCCGCAUUGCGCUGCGCGUGGCGGCGCGAGCCGCGGCCUACGUCGUGUUCUUGUAUCGCG